UCUUCAACAGACGUCAUAGUCUUUAGAUUACUCAAUGAACAGUAUUUCAUAAGUGUAGUGAAUAUUUUUGGUUAAUCGAUCGAUUAAUUUCGAGUGCGCCGUUUGGGAACAAUUACGUGAUUACUAUUUUUUUUUUUUUUUAACAACCGUCAUAUCCUGUCAUAUUUUGUCUAUUGAAAUGAAAUUCCGUUUUACGAGCGAUAUUUUCGCUUAUUAGCAGCGUUCUCCGCAAGAAAUUUAAAUGUUAGUAACAACGCUCCUGGUUUAGAAAAGAUUUUCCCUACUUGACAAUAUGUCCUCGCAAUUUUUUUCCAAUAUUGGAAAUGUGUGCUUUUUACCAGGUAAGCGGUUUGACUGUUUGACGGCCAGUCACCUAACAAACUAAGGGUCAUUUGUUUCUUAAGAAGAUAAUAUCUAUAUAGUCGAAAUUGUUACUACGUCCGAAUAACAAUCAUGUAUAGAACCACAUAUCAAAUAUUUCAUUCUCGCAUAUUGUAAAUGACGCUGGGUAUAUGUUUCCUAAAUGUGUAAUCUUUAUUCCUUAUUUCAUAAUCAGAAUUGUGUAAAUCUAACACCAAAUUAUCCAAGGAUGCCUUCGUUGUAAUAACGAUGACUGAAUUGCAAACGAAGCAUCAAAGCUCUCCUUGCUUAUGAAUACACCAGGAGUUAGCAAAGAUUACGUUCUUUAUUUUUUUAUUGAUGAAAUAAUUUAGAUUAAACACGUGAAGAAAAAAAAAGUUGAACAGAAGAGACUAUCCCCCGUAAUCUAUCUGAUGACUAGAUGCACCAUCGUAUAUUAGGCCUUGUAUUGACAGAAAAUGACAGGUUAUAGUCGCACAGAGUAAUGCAUUGCAAUCUUUUGUUUUUCUUUUAAAUAACAGUUCAAAAUAACUCAAAAAGUUAAAAUAAUUGGUGGAAGUUGACAUAAAUUUGAACUUCUUUUAGCAGUUACGAACCAUUGCUACAUUUUUUUUAAUUUUUCCAUCAUAAAGAGGUAACACGUGGCUAACAUAACUUCUUUACACUCAUUUUUUGACCGAUUUUUCACAAAGAUAUUAGACAAUAAAUAGUCACGGAAGAGAACUUUUAUUAGCGACAAAUAUACAAGGCCCUUUCAACCCCAUAGUAAACGAACACAACCUUUUAUGCUCUGCCGCGUAGGGAAACGUUAACAAUCCAAGAAAACCACCAAUACUCAGUGAGAUAUGGCGUAUACGGACUAAACUACUGCGAUCCUUGUCUUCAAAGCAAACAAUCCAAGAGAAUCACCUUGGUAUAUGCGAAAAGCUAGACACGGUCAUUCCCUAUAAUGGAACUAAGACAAGCGGAGUCAAAAGUGCCGCCCAAUUGAUAUGUACACCUAAGGGCACCCAAGGAGCUAAAAACUUAUGAGUCAAAUGAUUUGCUAACGGAGAAAUAUAGUCCGCUGCAAAGCCAUGCGAUCAAUCAUAUAUCACCUGACCUGGGUAGCGCGCAUCUAAAAUUGUCUAAAAUUGUACGCAUUCCUCAGUUUUGCUUGAUGUUCAGUUACUGCCACUCACUUAACUCUUAAUGCCAUACUGUGAGUUGCUGUUCAUAUGGUGCUCGAGAAAGUCUUUGUGUAUAUCUAGCGUUGCGCCCUUUUUGAUUUGAAGGGUAUCCAUAACUUCUUAUAGCUCGAAACAGAGCUCUGUUAUAUAAAAUGAAGCAAACUGAGAAGGGCAAGACAAUAUAUUUUGAUAUGUUUAAAGCUGCAUUACAUUUGCGUGCAAAUAUGUGAAUUGUGGUAGAUAUAAUGUUACGGACGACUAGUUAAACUUCCGCAACUUAAGUUGCAUUUUAAAAUUUAAAAAAUGCCUAAAUUCGCAAGUUUGACGCACUCCGGAUGAUUAUUAAUGCAUUUUAAAAGUGUCUUUUUUGUCUCCAAGGUCUUAAACUAUGGUCAACUAUGGCCCUUGAGCUAAGAGCUUCCUUACACUUACAUUUAUAAACUUUCUAAAACAUUUUUUUUAUAGAAUAUGUAUCAUGUCAAGGAUCAGUGCCGUUUCGAUUAACUUUAUUCCUCAAACCAAGUUACUUCUUUUUAUUACACGGCAAUUUGUAGUUUUCUUUAUAAAUUAAACUACCCCUUCAGUAAUCAAUAACUAUUGAUCGGCUCGCAGCUUUAUCUACUGCUGGUGAUGAUCGAACGUCAAAAUAAGACCCCCUGGCCUGAACCUCUUCAUCCUCUUCUGUUUUCAAAGUUAAUUUCCAUAAUCUUGGACAGAAAUUACUUUAAGCGCUAUAAAUAAUGGUUUUCUGUGAAGUGAAUGUACCACCUGGUUAGCUCAGUUGGGAGAGCGCCGGUCUGCCGAGCGGGAGGUCGCGGGUUCAAACCCCGGCCGGACCAACACUCAGGGUCUUUAAAUAACUGAGAAGAAAGUGCUGCCUUUGUAAUGACAUCUGCAAAUGGUUAGACUUUCUAAUAAGGACGAUAAGGAGGAAAAACCGUAGGUCCCGUCUCAGAGCACUUUCACUGAUUUGUUCUUGUGGGAAGUAAAAGAACCUACAUCACUAUUCGAAAAGAGUAGGGGUCGUAGAUCCCGGUGGUAUGGCCAACCUUUACGGGUUGUGGGAUUGGGCAGGGAUGGCACCUUGCAUGGGACUUAUGAGUCCCGUUCGUGCACAUUCCCUCUGGGCAGGCCUGUGUCCAGAAAAGCUGGUAAAUAAAUAAAUGAAUAAAUAAACAAAUAAAAAAUAAAAAUGAAUUAUGGAGGGUUGUGGCAAAUACAAGUAAAGAACAAAUCAAGUAGUGUCAAAAGAGCAAUUUUAACAACUACCUCUUUGUUUAUUUGCUUCAGUUUUAGUUUUCACUUUGCUUCAACUGGCCAACGCCCAACACAGUAAGUAUAUGCUAGAUUUCACUUGUGUUAUUAUCAUUUUAUUUUCAUUAUUGUUAUUACUAUUAUUAUUAUUAUUAUAUUAUUAUUAUUAUUAAUAUCAAUAUUAUUAUUAUUAUUAUUAUUAUUAUCAUUAUUAUUAUUACAAGUGAAACCGGUAAACGUAAAUUAUAAUUAUUUUACACAAUGUAAAACUUCGAGUUUAAACCUUAAAAUAAUUUGAUCAAAAAGGGUUAGUUUUUUCGUCUUUCUUCGGUGCCGCAAAUUUAUACGACGAAGUCACGGUUUGAGGUUGUCCGUUUCAGUGAAAAGUAAUGUUAUUUGCUUUUAUUGAAACGGGUGGAUGAAAAUUGAUUGCUCUUUUUGGAUGUACAAAUCAUGAGCAGUGACAUACAAGUCAUGUCAAAGAGAAAGGAAAAUAAACUAUAAAAGCUGAUUCUUAAGUAUUGGCAAAUUAAUAAAAUAGAUUUACAAAGAGACAGAGACAGAGACAGAAAUUGCUCUUCCUGGAAGCCCAAAAAAAAAAAAAAAAAAAAAACUUAAUAACGAACACCCUACAAACCACUAAGCUGAAACCGUAUGUCAUGUUAGGCCCCUUUCAAACAUAGAAUUUCUUAUGAGUUCCGAACACCUACUUUAGUCGAUGAAAAUAUAUAAAGGAUAUUACACGGUGGCGAGAAGAUAUGAAUUUUAUGUUCGAGUGGCAAGAACAAUAUCGCGAACAAGUGAGAUAUUGUUCUUGCCACUCGAACAUAAAAUUCAUAUCUUCGAGUCAACGUGUAAUGUUCUUUUUAUUAUAUGGAGAAACCAAUUCAACAAAAGCAAAAGACGGGAAUCGUGACGUCAUUGAACGAUACGACACUCACUAAGGUGACAUACGGAAAAUACGCCACUCGGUUCCCGGAUGAAGUGGCGCAUAGAAUCUACGAGUGGUUUAGUUCCCAGUAAAACACUCUCCUCCAUAUAAUAAAAUUAAACACGGCAGUUGAUUCUGACGUGGGAUAUAAUGGUGCCGAAUUUAAGUCCGUUUGUUGUACAUUAUGUAAUAUUCCCAGCCUCUAGAAAAAAUUGUUUUCCAAUAUGGAUAAGGGUUUUUAUAAUUAAUUCAUUAUAUUCGGAACAAGUGAAAUACGACUUCUAAGCCAAAUGUUGAACCUAAGUCGAAUUUCGACUGUUUCAGUCGCAGAUUCGGCAAAGUCGUAUUUAAUUUGAAACAGUUACCUCUCGAAUUACAUUAGGCACAUGUAAAAUUCGACGUUUGAGCUGGGUAAUGAUAACAGUGUCCAGUAUUACUAAAAAUACCAGUAAAUACUCUAUGAUACAUACAUGUACGGCAUUUUUUAUAUUCCUGUAAACUUUGCUUUCAAUUUAUCACAUUAUGUUACUAAUGCUAUAUGCACCACACAGGUCAAAAAGAGAGUAAAAAAGAGAAAGAAAAAAAAAUAAGGUUAUGAAAAAUUUGCUUCAAGGGUAUUCGAGCCCGCACCCUCCGAAUAAGUCAGAACUAAAAGUUAACGCCUCCAUUGAGUAAAUGAUGUUGUAGGGAUUGGUAUUGUUAAACACCUGCUUACCUAUAAGUUAAUCCCGGUCAUACGUCACGGUCUCGAAUGCGGAAAGUUUGCUUUGAUAAGAUUAUGAUUCCUUGAAAGAAAUUAAAAGGGAAGGUGCAUCCAGAUUUGAUAUCCUGGGGCACUGAAAAGAUACUUUGAUAUGGAUGUAAGCGCCACGUAGGUUCAUAUUCCCUGCUUUUAGCCCUACUUCCAUACAUGCAUGAGCUGGCUCACUCUCAGUUCACUACUUAAUCAUACCCGGACACAACAACCUAGGUUUUUAAUGAAUUAUAUGAUGGAAUCAGACAAAAGCUUUUGCCUUGUUCUGCUGCAAUAACAGACACUUAUUUUUUUACAUUUUGUCUCUUACAUAUAGUAUCUUGUGGGUCUCGACCGAGCGCUAGUAAUCGAAUUGUUGGUGGUUCAGUUGCAAAAGUGAAUAGCUGGCCGUGGCAGGUGAUGUUGAUCGUGAGAUCGUCUGGAGACCAGUUUUGCGGCGGAUCGUUAGUAGACCGUUAUUGGGUGGUGACCGCUGCCCAUUGUGUCAACCGCAUACCACCGUAUUUUAUCAAAGUAAAGUAAGUUACGCUUGAAAUAUUUUAAAGCCAGAAAUAAUACUCCUCUUCAAAACCUUCAGAGAAGAUGGGAAUAGGUACAAGCUUUGGGCGCAGUGAUUUCUGGGAUUGUUUGGGCGGACAAGCGAUAGUUAUGAUUAUAAUUAUCGGGGCUUUUUAUAUCCUGGCAACAUGCAGCAGUAGGCUGGGAUACCAGAUUCUGUGUUUACAUCGUUUAGUAAUUCUGGCCCCUUAACAUCUCUUUUUAAUCAACCUGCGAUCAGGUGGCCCUUCUCCCUUAUGUUUUGGGCAGUGUAGGAGCUGCUCGGAAGGUCUCUGCUAAUUGGUCGCAGGGAGAAAUUACAUGUCAUUCUUUCAAUUGUUUUAGUAUUGUUUGGGGUCAGGGUUAUUAGGUACCAUUAAGUGGCGACUUUUCUUCCGAGCAGCUGCUACAAAAAAUAAAUACAUAAACAAAGAAAUGAAAAAAAAAAAAAGAAAAGAAAACGAAAACGUUCACAUUGGCCCUGUAAAGGAUAAUCAUUAUAAAUAGUCAUUUAUUUACUUAUUAUAUUUUUAAAGGUUGGGAGCCCACUACAGAACAAUCGGAAAUGUUGGAACAGAACAGGAAAUCGGGGUCGCACAGAUUAUCAGGCAUGAAAGCUAUAAUAACCCUUUGAGCUUUAGCCACGACAUCGCCCUGAUUAAGUUGUUGAAACCUGCGAAUCUUGGAAUAGGCAUCGGACUUGUCUGCCUGCCUGAUAAGGGGCACGCUCUCCCUUUUGACAAUUUGAACAAAAAGUGCUGGAUAACAGGUUGGGGUACGUUGUCUUCAGGCGGGUCCCAUCCAAAUACACUCAUGGAAGCUAUGAUACCACUGGUCUCCAAGCGACGUUGUCUGAAUUCCUACCCUAGAAAGAUUGAUUAUUCGAUGCUCUGUGCUGGCCUGGAUGCAGGAGGAGUUGACGCUUGCCAAGGGGAUAGUGGUGGUCCACUGGUGUGCGAGUUUGACGGUACAUGGUUUCUUGAAGGUGUAACAAGCUGGGGUCAGGGAUGUGCGUAUGCUUCAAAGUAUGGAGUAUAUGCUAAGGUUAGAGAACUGAAAGCAUGGAUAACCAGCCAUAUCUAUCGAGCAAUACCCCCUGCUGUUUCGCCACAGAAUCAAUCGGUGUCCGCAUUAGGUAAGAAUUCUAAACAGCUUUUACAUAACCCUUUCUUGGCAAUAAAAAGGCACUUUACUGUGAUCAUGCAUCUAGCCAAUUUACUGGCAAAAGGUCAAUGAUUCUAAUAAAACAUGCAAUCGUCUCAUUGAUCGUGCUACAGGUUUUAUAAACAAUUCAGAUUUUUUCAUUAAAAAUAGAUUUUACUAGGAAGUUGAUGUUUGGAAGAAAAUUAAUGAAUGAGUGAAUAAAUGAACGGACGAACGAAUGAGUAAAUAGAUGAAUAAAGAAGGAACGAACGUAAGAACGAACGAACGAACAAAUGAAGAAUGAAUAAAUAAAUUAGUUAAUGAAUGGGUAGACGGACAGAAACGAAUGCAUUGAUUUGUUUAUUUGUUUAUUUUACUUGCUAAGUAGGGUGCACAUUUGACAAUGGAUUAUGCUCCGGAUGGAGCCAAUCCGCUUCAGAUGAUUUUGAUUGGACACUUUCGUCUGGUUCAACACCAUCAGAAUCUACUGGGCCAUCUUCUGGUCAAGGGGGAUCAGGUCAGAUGUAGUUUUUGUUUUCUUUUAGUCCCAAAUCCAUCCUCAACGUGGAAGAAAUGUAGCGUUAAUUAAGUUCCUUUAGUCAUUGGCAUGUCCGGAUCCGUAGCCAUAUAUUGCAAUGAAGUAGAAUUUAAUAUAUGUUACGCGUAUACAGCUAAAGACUCUACCUAUUAGUAAUCAAAUAGCAUGGAGCAGUUUAUAUCUUAUAUAGUAUUUUUUUUAUUUGUUUUUCAGUCAAAGCAAGUUCUAAGAAAAUAAACACCAUUUUUGUUAAAACAAACAACAACAGCCAAACAAACAAAAACUUCAACUGCAAAAUACAACACAAAUUCAGUCACCUGUACAUAGUCCUUUAUUGAUUGUUAAAGUAAUAUUUACCGAUAUUUGCCUCCUCCUCUUUCCUUAAAGGAAAUUAUAUGUACAUUGAAACAUCCUCACCUAGAAGACGUGGCGACAAAGCCAAGCUUGUUCUUACUAUUCCAAACAAUGGCCAAAUGUCGUGCCUUUCAUUUUACUAUCAUAUGUAUGGAGCUUCAGUUGGAACUCUUAACGUCUACAGCGGAAACAGCAAAGUCUUUUAUAUUUCCGGACAACAGAGUAAUUACUGGAUUAUGGUGGAGAGAAACAUAAUUCUGAAUGGAUUGGUAAGAGAAAGAAGCGUGCUAACGCGGGCGUUAUUCCAGCUAUUCAUCAUCAUCAUCAUCAUCAUCAUCAUCAUCAUCAUCGCCACUAGCAGAUAGGAAGUGUCAGGUAUAUUGCUAACCACAACUCUUUUCGCAGGUAAUAUUUGAGGGGAUUGCAGGAAAUUCAUUUACUGGCGAUAUCGCGAUUGAUAGUGUAGAAAUAGACAAUGGAAACUGUCUAGGUAAAAAUAAAUCGAUUUGUAUAUAUUUUUAUAUUAUUAUUAUUAUUAUUAUUAUUAUUAUUAUUAUUAUUAUUAUUAUUAUUACAGUCAAACCAGGUCAAGCGUUCAACAUUUAUUAUUGAAUCGAGGUCCAAUUUGACUGUUGGAUUAUUCAUUUUAUGAAUGGAUUAUUGAAUCAACAAACGAAAUCAUUUUUCCGUUAAUGAAUUCAUUAGAUCGUUAGCGACGGGAACACUUGACCUGGUUUGACUGUAUUAUUAUUAUUAUCAUUAUUAUUAUCAUUAUUAUUAUUAUUAUUAUUAUUAUUAUUAUUAUUAUUAUUAUUAUUAUUAUCAUUAUUGCUGCUGCCCAAUAUCAGGCCAUCAAGACCAAGUACUAUCGCAGCAAGAUCCUAAAGGAUAGUGCAGACCCAAUGUGCAGAAUUUGUGGUCAAUUUCAGGAAACUAUUGACCAUAUUUUGGCAGGGUGCCCUGAGCUGGCCGAAACUGAAUAUCUACACAGCCACAACAAAGCCGCCACAUACCUCCACUGGAACAUCUGUAAAGAAAUUAAUAUAAACACAAACGAGAAAUGGUACGAGCAUAAGCCACAAACAGUAAGAGAAAAACACGACAUCACAAUCUUGUGAGAUAUGCCAAUACAGAGAGAUCGUGAGAUAAAGGCCAAGAGACCAGAUAUUGUGAUCAACAACAAACAAGAAAAACGCUGCCUGCUUAUUGAUAUGUCCAUCCCCACUGAAAAGAAUACUUCAGUUAAAGUAACUGAAAAUUUUUCAAAAUACAAAGACCGUGAAAAAGAAGUUGAAUGAAUGUGGGGGAUGAAAGCUACAACAAUUCCGAUAGUGAUAGGGGCCCCGGCACUAAUUAAGAAAGGGUUGGGAAAAUAUAUACAACAGAUCCCGGGUAACAUCAAAAUGCAUGAACUACAGAAGAUCACACUACUUGGAACAUCUCACAUCCUAAGAAAGGCACUCCCUAUCAAAUAGACUUCUACCUCAUUCUAACCCUAGGCCCAAGGAAUGGGCUCGGCCAUUAUGCUGCGUUAUGGUAUUACUUUAAAGAAGAUAAUAAUAAUUAUUAUGAUAAUAAUAACUUCUCAUUAAUAUUUUCUUAUGGACACAGAUUAAAUGAUCUUUUCCUAAUUGUAAGACCAACUGACAUAUGGAUCGGUGGUAACGUUUUAUGGACUCGUUUUAUCUUUAGUGUUCAUACUAAAGACGUUAUUAUUAUUAUUAUUGUCUCUAUUAUCACAGUCUUUGCUGGUGUUCUUUUUGUGCAUCAGCUGGGCGGAAACCAUGCACCUAGAGCGUCAGUCACUCAAGUCAAUCAUUCUGUUCAUACACUGAGCAUCUUUCUGAGGAUUCCUGCAGAUCUCAGCUUACAGAUCUUUUGAAUCUCUGUCAUAGUAGCUCUCUCUGAUACUUUCUUGAUGUUUUCUAACAUACCCUUCUUCACUGUACCAAGCGCACCAACAACCACACGGAUCACUGCGGUUUUCAUAUGCCACAUUCUCUGUAUUUCUAGUUCUAGGUCUUUGUCCUUGCAUUUUUUUUUUCAGUUUCCUUCAGUGCGAUCUUUCUAUCUGAUGGAACAGUCAUGUCAAUAAGUUUGCAGGUGGAAUUCACUGAAUCUUUAACGAUGAUAUCUGGUCUGUUCGCUGUUAUAGUUCUAUCAGUAUUGACUGGCAUGUCCCACAUGAUGGUGAUGUUGUUAUCUUUACUGUGUAUUAUUAUUAUUAUUAUUAUUAUUAUUAUUAUUAUUAUUAUCAUUAUUAUUAUUAUCAUCUCAUUUAAUGUAAUACUGCUCCAUAUAAUUUUCUAAAUCGUUUUCGCAUGAAAACAAUGAGACGGUGGCCGUGUUAUUGUACCAAAAAAAUUUCCCUCGGGGUUUAACCUCCUUUCUCACUUUAACAUAAACUUCCUCUAGCUUUAGUCUUUCCAUACUUUACAUCUUUCAGCUAAUGCUUAUUCGACGCCAACUGCAGCUGGUUCAACGUUACCACCAAGUACUUAUUCAUCCGAAAAUCAGCUUGCUUCCACAACGCCAACUGAAGAUGGUUCAACGCUACAACCAAGUACUUUUUCACCCGAAAAAAAUGCCUCUAAACCGACGCCAAGUGCAGAUGGUUCAACGCUUAAACCAAGUACGCCAUCGAAUGAAGCGAUUAGAAAAUCGGUUUUGUUAAAGGUCAAUAAUAUGGACAUAAAAAAGGUAGUUUUUUUUUUCUUAUAUCAAAAAAACAAUUUAACAUAACAAAUAUUAAUGAUGAAUAUUUAUUUAAUUGUAUUUUUUUAUAUGUGUUUAUUUCUUUUUUGUAAGCUCUUAUCAUUUUUUAUAUUAUUAUUAUUAUUAUUAUUAUUAUUAUUUUCGUUUGCUGUAGUUGUGUUUUUUACUCAUGCACGUGUGUUUUUUGUUAUUAUUAUUGUUUAUCAGUGGAACCGAGUCAUGGAAUACUAUUUCAAAAGAGAAGUUGCAGCUGCGGCGAGGGAAUAUUGUGCUCAAGUUCAGUGUUUCCAAAACCAAUCAAGGUAA